AUGAUGGCGGAUCCGUUUGAGGUGCGCAUGCGCUUUACAUCGCAGCUACAACAUCUCAAUGCAUCGAUCACGUCAUCCCAGAAAGCCGCGCAUUAUGCGCUCAAAUACCGCGAUAUGGAUGAAGAUCUCCACUCCUGCAUUCUAGAGCAGCUCGAGCGGAAUAACAUGAACAAUCGAGCCAAUAUCUUAUAUUUCAUCGAACAAUUCUGCGAAAUGGCCGCUAAGGAAGACCACGUCCCCUACGUCCGCAUGAUACAGCGAGAUAUCCUCCGGGUUGUCGACUGCGUUGCGCCAGCAGACGGCUCUGGUGCCGCCAAUGUAAAGCACGUCCGCCGCGUCCUGAGUGGUCUCCAAGCCAAAGAUGUGCUCUCCGCUGAAACGGUGGCCGAGAUUCACGCGGGCCUGAAGGAUAGAGAAACACACCCAGCACAUCUCGACUUGGAAGCUGAUGAGGAAGAAGAAGCGGGCUCGAAGUCGAAGACAGGGACACCGCGAGGUCCAAGGGCCAAUGGCAUCCGUGUGGACAAAAGACAGAUCGAACAGCGAAUCGAAGAGGAUCGUGAGCGCAAUAAAAGACUACGAGAGAGUAUGUGGACUGUCCGAGGGGAUGACAGCGAUGAACAUAGGAAGUUCUGGGAUGAAACCAGUGACAUUGGCGAGGAUGAUUUCACGGCUGCCCAUGAAGAGCUGAUGGAACGGAAUGGGAUGAUCAAUGCUGUUUGA